AUGGAAAAACAAAUGGACGGCAGCGAGCCACGAGUUUUUCGGAAACGAUGGGCCAUCCUCAUUAUGUUCAUUUUGCUUAGUGCUAGUAAUGGAGCACAAUGGAUACAGUAUUCUAUCAUUGCAGGAUUAGUCUCAGACUUUUACGACGUCAGCUAUACGGCUGUUGAUUGGACGAGCAUGAUUUACAUGUUGACUUACAUAUUCUUCUUCAUUCCAGCAGCUUGGCUCCUGGAUAGAUAUGGCUUGCGUGUGUCGAUCCUUCUUGGAGCAGCUGGAAACUGUAUUGGAGCUUGGAUCAAAAUUUUAUCCACUAGCCCUGAUGCCUUCUGGAUCACCUUCAUCGGACAAACUAUUGUGGGCGCUUCACAAAUGUUCACAUUAGGAAUUCCUCCAAGAUUGGCUGCCGUUUGGUUUGGACCUGAUGAAGUAUCCACAGCUUGUGCAGCUGGUGUGUUCGGCAAUCAACUUGGAAUAGCCGUAGGUUUUGUGCUUCCUCCUUUGCUAGUUCACAACGGGACAACAAACGCUGUUGCUUGGGAUUUGAAUGUUUUGUUUUUGUCAUCAGCAGUUGUGAACACGCUCAUCUUUGUCUUAAUAAUUCUCUUCUUUACAUCAAAGCCUUCUGUGCCUCCCAGUUUGGCCCAACUAACGGCUCAGGAAGAAAAAGCUUUUGAUUCCAACUUUUGGAGCACCUUGGCGAGCCUCUUGACAUCCAGGAACUUUGUACUACUCUUUGUAACAUAUGGUAUAAACACCGGGGUUUUCUAUGCUGUUUCAACUCUUUUAUCUCAAAUGGUCUUAUCCUUCUAUCCUGAUGAGACUGAGACAGUCGGUCAGAUUGGUUUGGUUAUUGUAUUGGCCGGAAUGAUUGGAUCGGUAGUUGGAGGAUACUCGUUGGAUAAAUUCAAAAAAUUCAAAUGGACCACUAUUCUCGUUUAUCUAUUCUCCUUCCUUGGGAUGCUGUCCUUCACUUUCACUCUUAACAUGGGAUCAAUCGCUAUAGUAUUCCUGAACGCGUUUCUCUUAGGCUUCUUCAUGACAGGAUAUCUACCGAUUGGUUUUGAGUUUGCUGCUGAAAUUACUUACCCUGCAGCUGAAGGUACAACUUCGGGACUUCUGAACGCAAGUGCUCAGAUUUUCGGCAUAAUUUUAACGCUAUUUAUGGGAUAUGUAAUGCAUGGUGUUAGCAUUUUCGCAUGCAAUAUUAUCAUGACAAUGGUACUCUUGGUGGGUACAGUAUUGACAGCUUUAAUCAAGGAGGAAUUGAAAAGACAGAAAGCACAUCUUGUACAUGCUCAUAUUCCUACAUCCGAAACAUUGCUUACAAACUGUCCUCUGACUAACUGA